CAUUGACCAACCAAUUUCUCAAGUUCUUCUCAAUCACAGAGGUGAGCUAUAAUGGAUGGUAAUUCAGGAGAUGGUGCUGUAGAUAGCCUUGGUGACUCCAUGUUUUCAGGAUCAGUGCAACUACAGGAUGAUGGAGAUGAAACUUUACAGUCAGUUGAAAAUGAUGAUGAACCCCGAGAUAAUGAGCCACUUAGAGAACAGGACAGAUUUCUUCCUAUUGCUAAUGUUGCAAGAAUAAUGAAGAAAUCAAUUCCUAAAUCUGGUAAAAUUGCAAAAGAUGCCAAAGAAUGUGUUCAGGAAUGUGUAUCAGAGUUCAUCAGUUUUAUUACCAGCGAAGCUAGUGAGAGAUGUCAUCAGGAAAAGAGAAAAACUAUAAAUGGAGAAGACAUUUUAUUUGCGAUGUCAACUCUUGGAUUCGACAGCUACGUUGAACCACUGAAAUUAUACCUUCAAAAAUAUCGAGAAUCUGCAAAAGGUGACAAGUCGGGCCAAAUAACGGAGGAAAGUAGACUAGAAGAUCUCUCAGAAGACAGUUUUAAUGCCCACACAUUACAAAGCAAUAUCUUGGCAACAGAUCAACAGAAUGUAAUAUACACGGCAACAUAUCCUCCAAAUCAGAUAUCACAACAGAUAACGUUUGGAUGAAGUGGAUAUACUGUUGAGAAUUUUAGUGUUCUAUCCCUUUCUUCAGGUUGUAAGAAAGUGAUUUUUUUACCUGAUGGGAUUAUUGCAAUAUUGAACAACAGAGUAUGUUGUAAUUAAGUGGCUUCUCUAAUCACUCACAAUCUUUGUGUAUGAUCAGUGAUGUACAGUUAAGUAUCCUUAAUCCAUCCAACACUUUAUUCAUGCUGUUCUGACAUCCUAUAUGUGGUUAUAGAGAACAGUUGCCAGAGGCUUGUUGAAAUUCAAAAUUCUUAGACUCAUUUCAUAAUCACAUAUGAAAAAUAAAAAAAUGGCAUCAUGUGAAAAGUUUAAUAUCAUACUGGUAUAAUGAAGGCACAAUGGAAGCUAGUGAUGUAGAGCCAGUAAUUUCACAAAUGAUGUCAAAAAGCAUGGUUACUGCUGUACAUAUAAAGUGAAAAAUGUUUGAUCUUGAACUUCAAUGGAUGUUACAUUUGUUUCAUUUUUAUUUAAGAUUUAUGAAAAUUGUGCCAAUUUUUGUCAAUUUAGCUUUCUUCUUCCUUACUAAAACAAAAGAUUUAAAGACUGAUCAACACAUACAAAUAAUAUAUCACUAAUUUUACUAAGCAGUGGGAAACAGAAAUUUCUAACUUCAUAAUAUGUAAGCAUAUAAUGGAGAUUAGUGAUACACAAACAAUUUUUUCGUGUAAUAAUGGCACUGUUGGUUCCCAGUAGUGCUGCUUUAACAUACAAAUCUCUAAUUUUUGGUGAAAAAUCCAUUUCUGUAGUAAUGAUUAUUGACACUCGUGUAUAUAUAUAUGUAAGUUCAAAUACUAUAGUUCAUUGUAUAUGUCUGCUGCAAAAUGAGAAUCUUUGCCAUUAGGCAAAGCAUGUUUCUGUAGAAUUAUCAUGACUUAUUGAACAUUUAAACUAUUAAGAAAUAAUGUGUGCUAUUUAAAUCAUAAUGUUAUGUAAUUAUAUUAAUUGAGGAUUAUAAAGUUCAGAUCUUAAUUGAUCUGAAAUCUAAUUGUUUUUCAUUAUAACUGUGUUUUAUCUUCUAAAUGAAAAAGUUGGGAUACAAUUUAAUACUAGGCUUGCUUGAAUCUAAGCACUCAAUACCAUAGUAUCAAAUAUGUGUAGUGCUUCUUUUAUUUUUCAUCCAUUCAUGGAUUGGUUUUUUUUAUCCAACCUAUUCUCCUUUACUAAGAUCUGAUAUCAUACAGCACCAGAUCUACUAUAAAUGAUCUGCCUCUGUAUGAUCAUUGUUUAGGGACAUUUUCAACUGCUCUAAGUGAAAGUGUGUGUAAGAUGUAAUGCAGUGUGCCAUUCCUUUAUUUAUUGUUUGUAAGUAAGGUGACAGUAAAUGUAGUGAUGCCCUCUAAUUGAUACCAUGACAAUUUUAUAUGUGCGUACCAUACUAGAACUUUGAGAUUUAAAAAUAGGUCAUUAGACUACAAAAAAUUAGUAUUAUUUUUCAAAUAUCUCUCGAAAUUUUGAAAAAAAAGGGAAACAUUUUUUGGAUUGGUUCAUAUUAAAAAAAUUGUGAAAAGAAAUUUGGUAGUUUCAGGAUAUUUUACAAGUAAAUAAUCCUUAUUAUCAUAAUGAAAUCAAAACAAAACAAAGCAUUUGCUUGCUCUUAAAAAUCAAGGAAGCUUUAUAUGACAAAAAUAAGAAGAAUUUCAAUCAUACAAAUAUUUUGUAAAUUUAUCCAGUCACCAAGAACAUAGAGCAUUUCAAAAUAUGUGAAAAUUUGUAUGUUUUGUGUAAUACCUAAUUCAUUUACAACAUUUCACAUCUUCAGUAGUAUUUUGUACAGUGUAAAUAAGAUUUAUAUGUCUCGUCAUUUUCCAUUUCCAUGAGGUUAGAAUAUCAUGUUUAUGAAACUUGUACUUGAUAAAGGACAGACUGUGUUCCACUAGAUUAUAUAUAUGUGCUACAUUUAAACUUUUAAAAUUCUAGAUCAAAGAUAAAACUUGCCACCUCACUCACUUGCAUCUGUGUAUUUAUAUGUUUUGUUGGACAAUUUCAUUUUGUUUGAAAUCAUGUAUUUCUGAAACGUGAGUUAUUUUAACAAAUCUUCGAAGGGUUUGACAUUUUUCAAUUAAGGGAUGUUUAAAAGAUCACAUCAUAAUUUGUUCUGGACUUCUGUAGGUAUAUGGUUUACCUUACAGAAAAUGAAUCAAAGGACAUCUAUAAGGGAGGGAGCUUUUCUUAGAAUAAAUGAAAUACUCAUUAUUCCAGGAAUUUUAUUAUAAGUUCUAGUAUCUCCAAAUAACAAGUGGAGGACAUUUCUAUAUAAAACUGCCUUUGGUGGAGUGGAAUGCCAUUGGUUCUUUUCCCAAAGGUGUCCAACAUACUUUUGACAAAGUAUGUGAUAGUUGGUUGCACACAUAUUACAUGUCAGUUUGAAAAAUGAUUAUUUUUUUAAUUGUCCUUCUGUUCUUUCUGUUUUGUAUUUUACUAAAAUUGUAAAAAAAAAGAGAAAUAAUUAGAAUGUUCUGUAAAGUGUGGUGCUUUUACCUAAUAAUGGGAAAUGUUUUUACUAAUUUAAGUCUAAAUGUUGAUGAUUGUUAACGUAAAAUCAUGCGAA